AUGGCCGCCACCUUCAAGAACAUCAAGAGCCUCCAGCCCCUCUUCGACCGCGUUCUCGUCCAGCGCUUCAAGCCUGAGACCAAAACCGCUUCGGGCAUCUUCCUUCCUUCGUCUGCCGCCUCUACCCCUCUUCCCGAGGCUACCGUCAUCGCUGUCGGCCCCGGUGCCCCCGGCAAGGACGGCAAGGUCGUUCCCACCUCCGUCCAGGCUGGUGACCGUGUUCUCCUUCCUGGCUGGGGCGGAUCCAGCAUCAAGGUUGGCGAGGAGUUUCCACUCGGCUAUCAGUUUAACCUGACCAUGAUCCGUUCGGAGAAACUUGAUUGGCUGGUGGACAUCCCUCAUCUCUAUUUUUCCGCUUGGCCCUACCAGUCCAUCGCGAAGCGAGCUUUGUCUCGAGUAGACGAGCUCUGA